GCCCCAAAAUCACAGCAAAGUAGUCGAGGGUUUUGAUCUUUCACCGGAAAUUCACCCAUUCGAUCGUCUCGACGCACAAAAAUUGUGACGAGACCUUUCAAAUUCUUUGCAACCAAGCACAAGUUCUAAACUUCUGAAAUUUCUACUUUGCUUUCAUAGAAUUUAAAAAAUGCAGUCAUUUUAUAGGAGUUUAAUUAGCAGGCAAUCACUUAACACUCAUUUCAAAUCAGCAGCAGCAGCAGCUUCUUAUAAUGUUCAUCAAUUAACCUCUUUAAUAUCUGAUUCUGCUUCCAAGAAUCAGUUGUUUCGAUCAUUUCAAUCUCAUACAAGCUUCGGUUCCGCAAUCGGUAAAUUGGGAUUAUCUCAUGGCAGUGUCCCAGUUACUAGGCUUAGUUUGUGUUCUCUCAGUAGGAAUAUGACAACAGCAGGAAAUCCUGCCGAGUCGGCUUCGGCAGUUCCUUCACAGCCUCUCACAGAAGUAUCCCCCAGAAUCAAAUUUAAAAGACUUGAUAAAACUGCUAGGCACAUAAUGCAGAUUCUAGAUAAGGAAGCAGUGUCUGAAGUAAGGACGCAAAGGGAGAUACCUGAUAUAAGGCCUGGGCAGAUAGUGCAACUCAAAGUGGAAGUACCUGAGAAUAAGAGACGUAUUUCAACUGUGAAAGGCAUUGUUAUAGCAAGACGUAAUUCUGGAAUAAGCACUACAUUUAGAUUAAGAAGGCUCGUUGCUGGGGUUGGAAUCGAGUCUCUCUUCCCGCUGUAUUCGCCUAACAUUAAGGAAAUAACGAUUCUGGAACAGAAGAAAGUGAGAAGGGCCAAGCUUUACUAUUUGAGAGACAAGAUGAAUGCACUCAAGAAAAAGUAGCAUGCUAUAUAGCUGGUGAGAUUUUGACGAUCAUUCCCUUAAGAAAGAUUUCUGCUUUAGAUCAUGCUGGUGAGAACUAUGCAUUUCUAUUUUCUUUUAUACGCUGGGUUCUCUUCCUAUGAAAAUUGUAAGAAGUAAGACGAGGAUAAUGUGAAGCUGCCGGUGGCAUGCAUGGAGAGCUGCAUAAUGAAUUAAAGGAUUCCAUUUAUCAUUAAUUUUGUUAUUGAUCGAUCUAAUCUUAUGGGUAAAAUUUCUUUUGUUAAA